AUGUAUCGAUCAAUCAUGCUUUGUAUCAAAAAGAUUCACAACGAAGGUCUGAAUCUAUCAAAUGCUGAGUUAUUGGCGGACCGGUGUGGCCGCUGUUUUGGUCCAGCAAUCAAUGAAGAACAACCGUCACCCCAAGAGCCACAUGUGAUUGUAGCAUUAGACGGCAAUUUUCAACAUAGGCACUACACCCGAUCAAGCAAAGAUCAUCCUACCGAAGAAGAGUAUCCCAAAGUGUUUGUCAAGCCAUCCUGUAUGAAAAAGCACGAGCUUCUUCAAAACUCGACUGAAGCCCAAUCUAAGAGCAUCAAAGUAGGUAGCGUGCAUGGUUUCGUUAUUUUUGCUCUUAUCUCCAAAUGGCUUGUUCGCAGGCUACAAAAUGCCAAGGCUGUAUUCCAACAAUCUAGUAGCGCUCUUGCUAGCUUAUCGAGCAAGAGGAGCUCCAUGUUCCCCACGAUUCGCUACACUCAUGAAUUCCUGCGCCAACAAUGGAAUGUGGAGCGUCAAUCUCAAGAAAAACGAUCCCAUGUUCAGGAACAACAAAAGAUUGAACUCGGACGGUUACUAUUGUUAGAAGAGACGGCUCAAACACUCUGGGCUAAAGAUGCAGAAAACGUUGAAGAGGCCACUGAUAGACUGACUGAGCACAACGAAAUUCAAAAAAAGAUUGAAAAGCAACGCGCCAAGAUAGGCUCAGAGACAAUUUUAAACGACUUAAAUGCACUAGAACAGGAUCUAAUUUUGAAAAUCUGGUUUGCCAAACAAGAAGUGCGUAAUCAGUUUGUGGCUGUACGUGAGCAGAAGCGCCCAUUGGAUGUAAGCCGACGGGAUGGGAAGAAUUCGAGUAUUGGUUACAACGAUAAACCACAUUUACUCAAGUCACUUCGCGAAGCCGCCGCUAAGUUGAACACGAAACUGGAGACGUAUCACAGGCUCUUAUCAACAUAUUUAACCACUUCUCCCCAUCGAUCACAACCAACAAACAUCACCUACUUGGCCCUUCUUGAAAUUGACUUUGAUCACCCGUUCUGGAAUGACGGGCUCUUCACCAAUGGACGCGAACCCUGGGCGAUCGACGAUUAUACACAGCACGGAAUGCGCCAGAUUGCCUACCACGAUCGAGCCAUUGAAGAAAUCCGCCGCUUGGGUUGGGAAGUCAGAAGAGUGAUGCGGUGGGCCAUCAAUUCCCACAGGUCGCUUUCAACUCAUCUUCAUCGACUUCAAUCACAUGUUUUUGCUGAAAAUGAACAGCCAAUCGAUCUACCGUUGAUCAAUCAUCCGGCUUUGAACUCGCUUAGUGGUGCUGGUAAGAUAUCAGCCGCAAGAAUUAUUAUCAAUCAAAAGCUAGUGCGGAUAUUCAAUUUACAAGCAUAUUGGAAUACAAGUCUGGGCGAGGUUAUUCAUUGCACACCAUCACAAGAAGGCAAUACUGACCUCAAGGUAGCAUGGCGCAAUCAAUUUCAAAAAAUUCAAUAUAUGUACUCGAAAGAUAAGAUUUCAUUGAACCCAGGUGUUAUAACUAUUUUGCAGGGGGUAGAAGAUGCUAUCGAGAUUGAUAAUGUAGCCAAUAUUGAACUUGAAUCUGAAAGUGAGGGUAUCACUAAUACUGAUGGUGAUGCAGAUGAUGACUCGAGUGAUGAUGAAAUUGAUAUGGAAUGGGAGGAUAUAAAUACAGCAAUGUUGUGA